AUGCCUACGCCAGUAUCCGCGGCGAGGCAAUGCUUAACACCGGAAGCUGGACGGGCACUAGACGAAGCUGUUGCCGUAGCAAAACGUCGCGGACAUGCUCAAACAACGUCGCUUCACGCAGUGUCAGCACUGUUAUCGUUACCGUCUUCGUCUAUUCUCCGAGAAGCGUGUUGUCGUUCGAGAAACUCUGCUUAUUCGCCAAGGUUACAGUUUAAAGCGCUUGAUCUUUGUUUAUCGGUGUCGCUGGAUAGAGCACCUUCUUCGCAUAAUAAUGUUUCUCCUGAUCAUGAGCCGCCGGUUUCUAACUCGCUUAUGGCUGCGGUGAAACGGUCUCAGGCGAAUCAACGGCGUCAUCCUGAUAAUUUUCAUUUUUAUCAUCAGCAGCAGCAGUUGCAGAAUCAGCAAACGUUUUCUGUUUCUUCCGUUAAAGUUGAGUUACAGCAUUUAAUUUUGUCUAUUCUUGAUGACCCGGUUGUUAGUCGGGUUUUUGCUGAGGCGGGUUUUAGGAGCUCCGAGAUUAAGUUGGCUAUACUUCGUCCUCUUCCGCAUCUUUUCCGUUCUCGCGGUCCGCCUAUUUUUCUAUGUAACCUAACGGAGCAGCCUCGCCGGGGGUUUGGGUUUGGGUUUCCGUUUUUGUCUGGUUUUGGUGAUGAGGAUGAUAAUUUCCGGCGGAUUGGGGAGAUUCUUGUUCGGAGUAAAGGGAGGAAUCCUCUGCUACUCGGCGCAUGUGGUAAUGAUGCUCUGAGAAGCUUUACGGAGGCUGUGGAGAAAAGAAGGGAGGGGGUUUUGCCUCUCGAGCUUGCGGGGUUGCGUGUGGUUUGUAUUGGGAAGGAAUUGGAGAGUGGUGAUGGUGAGAUAGUGGGUUUGAGGUUGAGAGAGAUUGCUGUUAUGGCGGAGGAGUGCGUCGGACCCGGUGUUAUAGUGAGUUUUGGGGAGUUGAAGGGUUUGGUGAAUGGUGAGGGUGGGUUUGGGGAGAGUGUUGUUGAGGAAUUGGCGAAAUUGUUGAAGAUUCAUUAUGAUAAGUUUUGGUUGGUGGGUUCUGCUACUAGUUAUGAAAGUUACUUGAAAUUUCUGGGUAGGUUUCCUUCUGUGGAGAAAGAUUGGGAUUUGCAGAUUCUUCCCAUCACUUCUGUUAAGCCUUCUGAAUCAUAUCAUAGCCCCAGACCAAGCUUAAUGGAUUCAUUUGUACCACUUGGUGGCUUUUUUUCAUCACAAUCUGAUUUGAAAAGACCACUAAAUGGUUCAUUUGGUUGUGUUCCUCACUCUCAUCAAUAUGGUGAAAACUAUGAACAUGAAAUCCUUGCUGCUUCGAAGGAAAGAUUUUCUGUUUCGGCUCCUGAUUCAUACCCUUCUAGCUUACCUCAAUGGUUAAAGACUACCGAAUUUGGCACUGCAAAAGCAUUGAAUGUUGAGACCAAAGAUGGUGUUUUGGUGGAUAGUAGUGAAUCUUGUACGCCACAUACUAACUUGGACAACAUAUGCCAAGUUCUGCAUCAGCGUAUCCCUGAGGAAAAUACUUGUCCUAUUGUUGUGGGGUUUCAUUGUACUGCUGACAACAAAAACGAAGAUGUUGACAACUGCAGAAGCAAAAGCUUAGACACAUCACCUACUGAACACAUCAGCCUCAACUCUCAUGUACCCGUUGGUGUUCAAUCAAUGGCAACAUUACAAUCCAGAAGUCCUUUUCCCGCUCUCUUCAUGACAAAACAGGAUAACAAUACUCCGAAACUAACUGAGAUGUUCCAGAAAGUAAAAGAUCUCGAGACAGGUGACCUAAGAUCAUGCAACAUGUCCAGUUCAAGUGUGUCCGACGGUAGUCAACUGUCUCCCACAUCUGUGACUUCAGUAACCACAGACCUCGGCUUAGGAAUAAGCUCGUCUCCUACCAGCAAUAAAUUGAAGAAACCUGCAGUUCAAUAUUCAAUCGAGCCUCCAAAAGAAAACCCUAAUCGAUUUUCUUCAAGCUUUAAUUUGGAUGAAGAGACUAUCAUGAAGCAUCCAUCUCAAUCUUCAUCCUGCUUAAGCUAUGAAUAUUGUCGACAAGUUGAUGCAAGAAAUCCUAAAAUUAUUUUUGAAGCUCUUUCCAAGGAGGUAAGCUGGCAAGAUGAAGCCAUAAGGGCUAUUAUCAGAACAAUAGUCAGCGGCUCAACAAAAAGGGAUAAAGACCGUGGAGCAAGGGGGGACAGAUGGAUGAAUUUUGUUGGACCAGAUAGGCUUGGGAAAAAGAAAAUUGCGGUUUCUCUAGCUGAGUUACUGUAUGGAAGCCGGGAAAACUUUACUUUUGUGGAUCUAAGUUCUGAAGAAGUGGUAGGGUGCAAUUUGAAAUUUAGAGGGAAGACUAACCUUGAUUUCAUUGUAGAUGAGUGCUGCAAGAAACCAUUGUCUGUUGUUUUCAUUGAUAAUGUUGACAAAGCAGAUAUAGUAGCUCAAACUAGUUUGUCUCAAGCCAUCAAGACAGGAAAAAUCACAGAUUCACAUGGACGCGAAGUUAGUGUUAACAAUGCAAUAUUCGUGCUUUCUUUCUCAGGUUACGAAAAUAGUUUGAUGCAAACAAGGGGACCUUCCCACUAUUAUGAGGAAAGAAUAAUGAGGGAAAAGUGGGUAGGUAUCAAGAUAAAAGUUGAACAUGUGGUUAGAGACGACAGAAGCCAAAGCAUCAGUGUAACUAACAAUUCAACCGAUGUCAUUCCUAAUCUAAAUUUCAUGAACAAACGAAAACUGGUUGGUGGCAAUGAACUUCACGAUCCCCAUUUUCUCUCAGAUAUGGCUAAAAGGCCACAUACAACAUCAAACUGGCUUUUAGACUUGAAUCUUCCAGCUGAAGAGGAUGAACAAAAACAAACAGAUGAUAGAAACUAUGAACACGUCUCAACGGAGAACCAAAACCUUUGGUUGCAAGAUUUGUAUAAUCAAGUUGAUGAAACAGUUGUUUUUAAACCAUAUGAUUUUGACGCACUCGCGGAUAGAUUGUUGAAAUUGGUCAGAAGUAACUUCAACAAAAUUCUUGGUUCCGAGUGUGCCUUACAAAUCGAAACAGAAGUCACAGACCAAUUGGUUGCAGCCGCAUAUGUCUCGGACAUGAAUAUGGAGGUGGAGAAUUGGGUUGAGCAAGUUCUGUGUGGCGGAUUCGCUGAAGUCCAGAGAAAAUACAACCUCAGUGCUAGUUCCAUUGUGAAACUUGGCACAUGUCCAGAGCAAGCUCUAAGUGUAUACCUUCCACCAAGCAUAAUUUUAGAGUAA